AUGACGCCAGAUUGUACCCCUUUCGCCCCGGGUGAAGGACCUAAGACGCCCAAGAAGACCACGAAUGCCAACAAAGAACGAAGGAAACGCUGCCGGGCCGAGUACAACAAAGCAGAAGGUUGCAGAAGGGUCCUGCUGGCGGAGACGAUCGGACAGUCAUUGCAUCACGGCCAUUCUCGCCUCACGAAGUGGGAUGUUAACCAUAUUUCUCAUGAUCCCUUCGAACAUCAGGAGCCCUCUGUUAAAGUGGCUUCGUCAGCAUGGCUAUCAGUUCCCCAUGGCAACGGUCGUUCCAGUGGGAGCACCUACAGUAGUACGAGCACAUCCGACGAUAGCCUUACAGCUCGAUCCUAUGAUACCUGGCCCACCGGCUCUAGCCGCACCAGCGAAGAGGACGCACAUAGCCUACGAAACAGCUCCAUCAACGUCGGCCGAAAAUCCCUACCAUAUAAACGCAUCGUCAGCUUGGACGGACAGGCUUCCGCUGAAGACGUGGAGCGACUGGCGACUCAAUAUGGUCAAGCCUCGCAUAUGGGACUCCUUGACCCCAGCUACAAUGUUUUCGUGGAUGGAGAUCGAACCGGAGGUUUAUGCUUCAAGGUUCUGAACAGGGUAGCUAUAGUGAUGGGCGAUCCUAUGUGCGACCCAAGUCAGAUAUCCAACGUUCUCGAUGAGUUCAACCGCUACCGACGUCAAAAGCGCUGGGAUAUUUCAUUCCUCGGCGCCAGAGAGACACUUCUGGGCUAUGCCAAAACACAUAACAAGAAAUGGACGGUCUUGCAGUUUGGAAAAGAGCGGGUCUUGAAUCCUCUGAUGAACGAGGUUAUACACGAGACCCACGGGAAACGUAUCCUCACUCAGAAUCGACAGCUCCUCAAUCCCAGCAAAGGCGGCAUUACCUUGGACAUUUAUACUCCGUCUCCACAGACGGAUUACGGGUUGGAAAUCGAGUUGUGUGCAAUCUAUGAAGAGUGGCGCAUGGCCCGCAACAAGUCGGGAAGACUUCAAGCAUUCAUCACAGAGUACGACCCGUUCUUAAUGCCGAGCCUCAUGACAUACAUCUAUUCUCGAGGACAAGACGGCAGAGUCAACGGUUUCGCUGCCUUACGAUGGAUCGGGGCAAAGAAUGGAUAUCACGUUGAUCCGUGUAUCGCUGCCCCUGGAGCGCCAAAGGGGAUCAGCGACCUGUUAAUAUUCGCCUCAAUGGCUUGGCUGAGGCAAAUCGGAAUCUCAUAUCUUAGUUUUGGUUAUGAGCCUUCCGAUUCGUUGGCAGAAGUGUCAGGAAUGCCUAGUCCUAUCGCGCAUCUCACCCGGCAGAUAUAUCGAUAUACGUUCCAACGACUCCCAAUCGGCGGAAAGAAGACGUAUUUUGACAAGUUCAAGCCGGAUGACGAGCAGGAUUCGCCUCUCUACCUAAUAUUUCCGUCGAAGAUCCCAGAACCACGGCCCGUUAUCGCUAUGGCUCAUGUUGCUAACAUCAGUAUCCGGAAGCUGCUAUUCGAUCACAGCACCAAGCGCUCAGUCCCGCAAUAA